CACCAUCAGUUUGGAUCUCCAGCCAAGUUAUGGAUGCAAGCUGGAAAAACUGCUUUGAGGAGGAGCUUCUCUGCCCUAUUUGCCUGAAUGUUUUUGAGGAGCCAAUCCAGUUGCCUUGCAAGCACAACUUCUGCAAAGGUUGCAUCUCUGAGGCUUGGGCCAAGGAAAGCGCGGCGGUCCGCUGUCCUGAGUGUAACCAUGACUACGACCAGAAACCAGCGUUGGAGAAGAACUUUAAGCUCGCCAGCAUCGUUAAGCGGUUUAACGCUCUGAACGCGGAGAAGGCUCCCACUGUGCUGCACUGCGUCCUCUGCAGACGGGGCCCCCCGCUGCCCGUGAGGAAAGUGUGCCUCCGUUGCAAAGAGCCUUGCUGCCAGACUCACAUCCAAACGCACCUCCAGCAGACGUGCGCGCCGCCGGGACACCUGUUAGUAGACAUUGAGGAGCUGAGUGCCUGGACCUGUCCCACUCAUGAGGAAUACAGGCUGCUCCACUGUGAGGAAGAGCAGGUGGCUCUGUGCCCCUUCUGCUGCAUCUCCCACUGCACAAACCAAAGACACACAGUGUGUGAUGUGGACACGCAACGCGUUCAGAUGCAGGCCAUGCUAAUGAGGCAGCAAGACAGACUGGAUUGUCGUGUUCAGAACAUCGAUGAGCAGCUCAGCAAGCUGGAGUCAGAUAAGACCCUUCUGAAGGAGGCCGUGUGCGAGCUGAAGGAGCGUGUCCGAGCUCAGUACCAGAGGAUGCACGCGCUGCUGGAGGCGAACCAAGCGGAGGCCGUGCAGAUGCUGGAGAGCACUUACACCAUGUACACGCGCAAGAACUCCCAGCAGGUCUUACAGCUCAAUGAGAAGCGGCAGGAGUCAGAGAAGCUACUGAGCUCGGCGCAGUCGUUCUUCCAAAGAGCAGAGAGUUUAAACUUCAUGAAGAACACCAAACCUUAUCAGCUGCUAAUGGAUAAGUUAAACUCCCAUCUCAGUGGGGCCAUCCCUCCACUCAGAGUCGGCCAGCUCAACUCUCAUCAUUUCCUAUCCGACCUCUCAACCAGGGAGAAGAACCUGCGAAAAAUGCUAGAAGAACCAUUCAAUGAGACGUCCAUUCUUGAGAUUGUCCAGUCUCAAAGCAACCAGCUGGGAAUGAGUUCAGGGCUGCAGAAGAGGAAAUACAGCAUGGCUUUCCUGGACAGUAACUCAGAAAACUCCUCAUCUCAGGAUAACACGCAUUUAAUCUAUAGCAGCAAAAAGGCCUUUCUGACCGAGCAGGGCCACCGCUCCUCGUCUGUUUUUUCCUCAGAGGUCCUCCCUCAGACUCCCCAUACCUCCGGGUUCCUUGACCCUGCUGCCCAUCACAUGGUGGGUCUGGGGUCUAGCUCUAGCCGCCACUCAGGAAACCUUUUCCCCUCCUCCCACUUCCCCAGUGGAGGAGCCUCGCAGCAACCCAUGUAUGAGAGCAGGAAGGUUUUGAUGUGCACCCUGAAUAACUGCUGCUGCUCCAGAGCCCCGGCUGCUCGCGCCCAGCCUCCGUACCCGCCCUCAGACACCUUCCCUUCUCAGGACUUCUCGUCGCAUGCCCUGCUUCCUGCCAGUCAGCCCCUGCAGCAUUAUCCCGUCAGAGGCCUGAUGGACACAUCGCAGACGUCCAGACACCCGGAUUUCUACGGCUUGUAUGGCCAGUCUUCAACUAAGCAUUAUGGGACCAAAUGAACUAGGAUCAGUGUUUGUUCUGUUACUGCAUCUAGGCCUUUAGGAUGGGAUUAUAAUAUUUAUUCGUCAACGCUUCUGGAAGCCGUUAUAGCCCGUUUAACACAGUAACAUAAGUAACUCCUAAACGCGUUUGCAUUUUGUUUCAUUUCCAGCUCCACUGGAAGUGCUGAUGUGAAUAUUUUAGUCUUAAAAUCCCUCCAAGCAGCAAAUGAGGAAGUGACACAUCCUUUAUCACACGUUCUGCUGUGGAAAUCCAGUGCCUAAAGAGAAUGUUAACACCAUUCUUACUCUGUUUGCAACUCCUGAGCUCUGACUGUUUCCCAUUUGUGGCUGGAGGCGAGCAGGUAAACCUCUCCAUGCAGAUGGAAUUUAGUGUCACUUGAGAAAAAAAAAAAAAAUCCAAACACUGGACUCCAAAGGCUUGUCAGUUUUUCAUGUAUUUUUUAUAGCAGAAUAUGAAUAAACCAAAGUAUGUGAAAGAUGUCGAAUAAAUACGCAGAUUGAAA